AUGAGGGAGGAUAUGGCAGGUGUUGAUCUAAGGAUCUUCGGAGCGGGCUGCGGGUCUCAGCAACGGCGGCGGUUGCUGAGCGGAAAGCGGGGACGCUGCUGUGACGGUGUGGUGAGGGCGGAGGCGACGGCGAGUGAGAAGGCAGCUGCAUACGCGUUCACCAACUCAGGGAGGAGCAGCCAUCAUGCCAGAGGGACGCACAACGACCUGGCGAACAACCUGCGCGUGCUGGUGCGCAACCGCCUGGCGCAGGCGCCGCUGGAGCGCAACCUGAGCGGCGACGCCGUGUGGGGCUGCGCCGACUGCCACACCGACCUCCCGCGCCUGCGCGCCGGCCGCGUCGCCGCCCAGUUUUGGGUGGCUUACGUGGAUUGCAAAACUCAGUACAAAGAUGCUGUUUCGAACACGCUGGAGCAAAUAGAUGUAAUUAAAAGACUCAUCAAGAAGUACCCUCGUGAUCUUCAGUUUGCAGAUUCUGUAAAAGGCAUUCAAGAUGCGUUCAAGCAGAAGAAGAUAGCGAGUCUCAUUGCGGUGGAGGGUGGCCAUUCUAUUGACAGCAGUCUGCCAGUCCUCAGGUUAAUGUACGAAUUGGGUGUGCGUUAUUUGACAUUAACUCACUCCUGUUCAACCCCAUGGGCUGACUCGUCUGCGGAGGAGAAUCCAAAACCAAAUGGCAUCACAGAAUUUGGAAAGAUUGUUAUUCAUGAAAUGAAUAGACUAGGAAUGAUGGUUGAUUUGUCACAUGUCUCAGCACGAACAAUGAAAAGUGUUAUAGAAGUUUCCAAAGCACCUGUGAUUUUCUCUCAUUCAUCAGCAUACAGCUUAUGCAAUCAUACGCGAAACGUCCCUGAUGAAAUUCUGAGAAUGAUACCACAGAACAAAGGAAUUGUGAUGGUGAACUUCUUCUCUGAGUUUUUAGUCUGCAAAGAAGAGAGAAAUGCUACCAUCGAAGACGUUGUAGAUCAUAUUAACUACAUUCGUAAUGUUACCGGUGUCAACCAUAUUGGAAUUGGUAGCGACUAUGAUGGUGUCUCAAAGGUUCCCAAAGGUCUCGAAGACGUAUCUUCGUAUCCUCGACUAUUCGAACGACUAGCUCAACCCAAACCAGGCGAGCCGACGUGGAGCAGAGAAGAUCUCAAGAAGUUAGCAGGCCUCAACCUUCUUCGAGUAUUCAGAGAAGUGGAAAAGGUUCGUGAUCUAUUGAAAACUCAAGGAGAGGCGCCAUCAGAAGCUCUGAUACCUGAAGAUGAAGCUCAGAAUACUACAAACUGUUCUACAAACAAGCUAACCAGUUAGGAAGUGAAGUGUGUCCAUCAUUUAUAUAUAUUUUUAAAUAUUUUCAUUGAUUUUGUUUUUGUAUUGCAACAGCACCUUGUGCUGGAAACAUUUUUUCUAGUGAUUGUAUCUUAACUUGUUUUGAAGAUACUGUGUGUUGUUGAGGAAGAGUGAAGAAAAUUGUACGUGAAAUGAGUCUUAAAUGUGCAUGAGAGGAAUAUUCAAGAGAAAAUAGAUAUAGAACUAUUAAUAAAAAAAGUAAUAAUAUUGUUAUUUGUGUUUGCAGACAUUUAAUGGAUAUAGAAAAGAAAUUGAUCAAAUACUGUGGCUUCCUUUUUUAUUUAAAUAUACAACCCUUGCCCUACCAACUGCUGUUCAAAAAUAAAUGAACAGGUUUUUUGACUUAGAAAAUACAAAAAUAUCUCUAUGAUGCAGAAUAGUGUUUCUGAACCUGAUGGUCUCGAAGGCAUAAAAGGGGGUCUACUACUUGACUUAAAGACUUUAUUAAAAACUUUAUUAAAAACUUUAUUAAAAUACUUUAUUAAAAACCUUCUAGUAAUAUUCAUAAAUUAGUGUAGAAAAUGUAUUAAUGAGUUUGUUUGUUUUGAGCUUGACAUGUUCAAUUGCAUUUACACACAUGUUCAAAGCAUCACUCAUAGCAAAUUUUAUUUCAAAGCAGAAAAAAUUAUAAGAGGCAUACUUUAUAAAAAAAUGAUGGAACCUGUAAAUUGCUCAUGUUUGUAAUAUUUGAUUAAAUUUCAUUCAAUCGAGUCUGAAGACAUACUCUUUAUUAAUUUUUUUCUUUUGAAAUCAUGGAUUAAAAAGGUAGAUGCAAUCACUGAAAGUAAUCAAAUUCUUUUUUGAACUUUUUAACUAGUGGUGAAAUUUUCAUUUAACUGUGAUGUAGCUCUGGCGGUUGAGACGUGGAGUAAAACCUUUGGCCCAAAAUUGUAUAUUGUAGAAUAAACUAAGCAUUAUUUGUAAAAAAAUGAAAUAUGAUCAUCACGUGUGAUAAAAUUGUUAUAAUAAGAUAGUAUACGAAACGUCAAUGGUUGGCGUAAUUUAAAAGUUUUACAAUUUAAAAUAAAAAUUAAUUUCAGUCAAGAGUUGUGCCUUUUAAUAACAU